AAAACGAACGAAGAAGAACGGUUUCAACACAAACGCUUUAACAAACGUUAAGCUAAAGGCACCGUUAGCAGCUGUGUCGUAGUUUUGAUGUUUGAGGUUUCUACCUGUGGGGAAUAGUCCUGGCCCGUGCAGAAGACCUCGUUUCGUUUUUGUCGUAUUUGUCUGGGAUGUAUGGAUGGAUAGUUGACGGAAUAUCGUCUCUGUUUGAGCCCAUUACCAGGCAACACCAUACCGAGUGGCCCGCGAAAAGAAGGGGCAGCGGAGAGGGAGCACGGCGGCAGGACAGCAACGGAAGACCGGCUAAACGGAACUAUCAGAGUGUACAUGCUGCAGAUAGCGUUUGUCAGACUGACCCAGUGGAGACAAAACGACCCAGACGAGAUGUUGUGAUCAGCUUUGUAAAGAAGACGGCAGCAGGUAUAGCAGGUCUACUUAGGCUGCGGAAACCGCUGCAAGCAAAGUGGGAAAAUCCAAACAAGAAUGAAGAAACACAGCCUAUUACUCUAAUGGGCAUCGAUGAGCUGCACACCUCAUGGGUAGAGAGCACUGACAGGAAAAUGGAUAAACCUGUAGGUGGAGCAAAUGACAGGAGUGCAAAUAAUCCCUUCCAAAGCUCUUUCAUAAGAAAAUACAGUGGAACUGCCCACCCUGCUGGGCUCCCAGAUAAAGGGAAAAACUGGGAAAGAAGAGGCUCCCUUCAGCUGCUGCCUUCAAGGCCUGCUCUCAGAGUUGGAAAUGGUAAUUCCGAACAGUUUUGUAAUGGCUACGGCCACAGCCGCUGCUACAAGCCCAGUCUAACUGUGGAAGAGACCAUAAAGCAGAACAAUAAGGAGCACUACAGACGCCUAUUGGAAAUGGUGACUGAAAAAUACAGCAAAAACCAACCACUUCCCUUCAACCAGACAAAACCACAGGAUGAGUCGACAUUACAGCUUUCUCAUAAAACACCUGCUUCAGAAAGACCCUUUGACUCUAGGAGGAUGGUGUGCACAGCUGCACCAAAUGUUUUUACAUACAGAAAUACUACUACAUCUAAAGACAGGUGGGGAGGGCUAACUUUUAAUAAGUUAUACAGUGAACCCCUUGAGCAAAAACAGCCUGUUAAAUACUCAAAGGAAAAAGAUGCAGCAGAGGUGGACCUUUCUGCCGAAGUCGCUUCUCGCCUUAAUCUAGCUGACAAAGAUGCUUCUGCACUCGGCAUCAGUGAAGCGCCACCUGCCUACGCCUUUCACAUGUGGCACAGUGAUGAGGACAUCCCCAGGCUGACCAGAGAAAUGGCCAUGGAGGUUAAUGAGGCUUUGGCUCAAAGAGAUCCUAACCUUGUUUUAAGUGCAGCUUUCAAACUUCGCAUCACGCAGCGAGACCUGUCAACUCUACUGGAAGGUGGAUGGCUCAAUGAUGAGGUAAUGAACUUCUACCUCUCCCUCGUCAUGGAACGAUGUUCUGGAGGAAGUGGGAGAAUCAAGGUCUACACUUUCAGCACCUUCUUUUACCCGAAGCUGCGAGGCGGUGGAGCAGGAGGACUGCCAGGAGGAUAUGUAGCUGUGAAGCGCUGGACCAAAGCUGUUGACCUCUUCAUGUUUGACCUCAUCCUUGUUCCACUGCAUCUCGGUGUCCACUGGGCGUUAGCUGUGAUAGAUUUCAAGUCAAGAACUGUAAAAUCAUACGACUCAAUGGGUCAGAGACACGAUGACAUCUGCAAUCUUUUACUACUUUACCUUACAGAAGAGCACAAAGCAAAGAAAGGAAGGGAACUUGACCGUGCCAAAUGGACUGUUGGAAGCCUGAAGGAUAUUCCUCAGCAGAAAAAUGGGAGCGACUGCGGUGUUUUUGCCUGUAAAUAUGCAGACUAUAUUGCAAAGGGAAAGCCCCUCACUUUUAAACAGUGCCACAUGCCUCUCUUCAGGAAGUUAAUGAUGUGGGAAAUCCUCAAUCAGAAGCUCCAGGCCAAGAAUGCAGUCUUUCUUUCAUAA